CCGUCUUCAGCCCAGGGCGGGGCUCACUCUCCACGAAACUGAAUUAGGCUACAACCGGCGGCAGAGAGGGAACUUCGGUCGCUCGCUCGCUUCAUGGAGCAGCGUGGAAAUGCUCCGUCCGUAGGAGAGAAGGGGAGCGGACAGCAGCCACAUCCCUGUUACACCCUUCUAUUUCCCCUGUUGUGCCGCAGCUGAGACCAAUACUGAAGCGAUUGGAUUUUACGCACGGCACCAGGACUGGUAUUUAAAAAAAAAGAAGAAAAUCACACAUCUGUUUGGUGGGGGGGAAAACCCCGUUUGUUGCCGCGCCGCUGUUAGGAUAAUGUAACAACCGGAGAUCUGCUGCCUGUGAAAGAAUCUCAGAAUAAGGAUAUCUUUUAUACCGCUGGACGUUUUAAGGCUGGCAGGCCUGGAGCAGGAUAGCAAACAUGGCUGAACCACGGCGGGAAAGUACCAGCAGUCUGCAGAGGAAGAAACCUCCCUGGCUCCGACUGGACAUUCCCACGGCUCAGAUGUCACUAGACGAGCCUCCGACUUUUGUUCAGCCGGUGAGGCGGCAGGGGUUCCUUCGCAGUAUCAGCAUGCCGGUGGAGACUUCUCACCUCCAGUCUCCGCCGCGCGACAUCUUUGACACCCGGCGGCCUGUAUUACAACGCCAGUCAUCCAUUACUCAGACCAUAAAGAGCAGCAGGAGAGUGCACUUUGAGCGGAUUAACACUGUCCCCGUUAAGGGACAACGGGCUGCACGCCGCAGCAUCAGGAAACACCACUCUCUCUCCAGAACUCUGCUCAGGGGAACAGCAGACUGGUUUGGAGUUAGUAAAGACGGCGACGCCACACAGAAAUGGCAGAGAAAAAGUCUUCGGCACUGCAGCCUCCGCUAUGGGAAACUAAAACCGCAGGUGAUCCGGGAGAUGGACUUGCCGAGCCAGGACAACAUCUCCUUGACCAGCACUGAGACCCCACCACCUCUCUACGUGCCGUCCUCGCAGCAUGGAAUGCAAAAGAUCGUGGACCCAUUGGCACGUGGAAGAGCCUUUCGAAUGGUGGAGGAGGUUGACGGCUACAGCGUUCCUCCGACCCCGAUCACGCCCGGAGCCGCGUCACUUUGCUCCUUCACCAGCUCUCGCUCAGGUCUCAACCGGCUACCUCGCAGGCGCAAGAGGGAAUCGGUGGCCAAGAUGAGCUUCAGGGCUGCAGCUGCACUGGUCAAGGGGCGUUCGUUAAGAGAGAGUACUCUAAAACGGGCUCAAAGGCGAAGCUUCACUCCCGCCAGUUUCAUGGAGGAAGACGUGGUCGACUUUCCUGAUGAACUGGACACCUCCUUCUUCGCUAGAGACAUCCUGAUGCACGAAGAGUUGUCCACAUAUGCAGAUGAGGUCUUUGAGUCUCCAUCUGAGAUGGCCAUCAAAGAGGCAGAGCCCGGCACCAAGAAGGAUGAAAUGGAGCUGACAGGCAGUGCCUUGGAUAAGACUGAGCUUGAGAGAAGUCACCUCAUGCUGCCUCUGGAAAGAGGAUGGCGUAAAGCCAAAGAAGGAACCCCAGGACCACCAAAGGUGCCCUUGCGUCAGGAGGUGGUGAGCGUUCACGGACAGCGGCGUGGACAGCGCAUCGUCGUGCCGGUCAAGAAGCUUUUUGCUCGUGAAAAGAGGCCGUAUGGGCUGGGCAUGGUAGGAAAGCUGACAAACCGCACUUACCGCAAACGCAUUGACAGCUUUGUGAAGAGACAGAUCGAGGAUAUGGACGACCACAGGCCUUUUUUCACAUACUGGAUCACCUUUGUUCAUUUACUCAUCACUAUAUUGGCUGUAUGUAUAUAUGGUAUUGCACCAGUGGGCUUCUCUCAGCAUGAAACUGUUGAUUCUGUUUUAAGAAACAAAGGAGUCUAUGAAAAUGUCAAGUUUGUACAGCAGGAGAACUUCUGGAUCGGGCCUGGUUCUGAAUCCCUGAUCCAUUUAGGGGCCAAAUAUUCUCCAUGCAUGCGUCAAGAUGAGCAGGUGCACAAUCUUAUCAGGGAAAAGAAAGCUGUUGAACGCAACUCCGCGUGCUGCGUUCGGAACGAUCGCUCUGGCUGUGUUCAGACUUCAGAGGAGGAAUGCUCGAGUACUCUAGCUGAGUGGGUGAAGUGGCCCAAUCCAGCAUUCAACACUCCACAGGUCAAUGGUAAAGACAGGCAGUAUGGCUCAGUGUGUCAUCAGGAUCCCGGGAUAUGUCUGGAGCCGGCCUCGGUGUCUCCACAUGAAUGGCCCGAUGACAUAACGAAGUGGCCUAUUUGUACCAGGUACAACACAGGGAACCAUACCAACCUGCCUCACAUAGACUGUACCAUCACAGGCCGACCCUGCUGCAUCGGAACCAAAGGAAGAUGUGAAAUCACAUCCAGGGAAUAUUGUGACUUCAUGAAGGGCUACUUCCAUGAGGAGGCUACUCUUUGCUCGCAAGUGCAUUGCAUGGAUGAUGUCUGUGGAUUGUUGCCUUUCCUCAACCCAGAGAUUCCAGAUCAGUUUUAUAGGCUCUGGCUUUCUCUUUUCCUGCAUGCUGGAAUCCUCCAUUGCCUGGUGUCGGUGGCUUUCCAGAUGACCAUCCUGAGAGACCUGGAGAAACUUGCUGGCUGGCUGCGCAUCUCAAUCAUUUACAUCCUCAGUGGGAUCACUGGGAACCUGGCCUCGGCUAUCUUCUUACCCUAUAGAGCAGAGGUGGGUCCUGCUGGCUCUCAGUUUGGGAUCCUGGCCUGCCUGUUUGUGGAGCUCUUCCAGAGCUGGCAGAUCCUGGCCCAGCCGUGGAGGGCCUUCAUCAAGCUGCUGUGCGUGGUGCUCUUCCUCUUUGCCUUCGGGCUACUGCCCUGGAUCGACAACUUCGCCCACAUCUGUGGCUUCAUCUCCGGCUUCUUCCUGUCCUUUGCCUUCCUGCCCUACAUCAGCUUCGGCCGCAUGGACCUGUACCGCAAACGCUGCCAGAUUAUCGUUUUCCUGCUGGUGUUUGUCGGUCUGUUUUCGGGCCUCGUGGUGCUCUUCUACGUCUACCCCAUCAAGUGCGACUGGUGCGAACUGAUCACCUGCAUCCCCUUCACAGACAAAUUCUGCGAGAAGUACGACCUCAACGCCCACCUUCAUUGAAGUGAGAGCAACGAAGCAUGAAAUGGACUGAAAAUGGACUGAACUUAUAUAGCGCUUUUCCAGUCAUUUUGAUCACUCAAAGCGCUGAUGAAGGCAUCAGGUCAAUUGUUGUAGACUGAUUGAGAGGGAGGGGGACAUUUCCUCUUUCUCUGUGAACUAAAAGAUUAUUGUUGUGUUCUUUUACUCUGUCAUUAUGAACACUUAUACUCCUCAUCAUAUGGAUUUCCUUUACGUUCCCAUUCAAAAUCAUUGUCAGUGCUUUUAUUGUCCAGUGAAACAAAGCUAAGGCACUUCAAAAACCCAUCAAAGCACCUGGUUUCCCUUUACUUGAGAGGAAGUAAUAGGAGAAGCCAAGGCGCUGGUACAGGCUGAAGGAUCAUAUUCAACAUUCGCAACAAUUAUUCAGGCAACCUCAGAACCAGAAGCAGGGACAAUAAAUAUAUAUACCUUUGGUGCCUUGUUGAUAAAUGUACCAACUACUGCCAUAUUUUUGUUACAUUAUGCUGAGCACUCGAAUGUUUCCUUUUGUUUAUUGCUUCUCAAGAAGUGAUUAUUGUUUUGAACACGGCGGCGUUUUAGCUGCCCAUCUAUUCUCAUGUAACUGAAACGGUAAAAAGAAAAAAGACAAAAAACGACACUUAAUUAAUAAAAAAUGUGUGCUACUUUUUCUUAACGCCUACUGGAUGUUGUGUAGUUUAUUAAAAUCAAACAAUGAAACA